AUGGGCCCCCGCGCGCUCGCCUGGGCACUGGUGCUGCUGGGCGCGGCGCUGGCGCUGGGCUCUGCGCCCGCUCCGGGAGCGCGGGAGAAGCUGUGUGGCCACCACUUCGUGCGGGCGCUGGUGCGGGUGUGCGGGGGCCCGCGCUGGUCCUCCGAGGACGGGCGGCGGGUGGCUGGCGGCGACCGUGAGCUGUUGCAGUGGCUGGAAGGACGACAUCUCCAUGGGCAGGUGUCCGAUGGGGACCCCAUGCUGGUUCUCGUUCCACAGGCCCUGCCCCAGGCCUCUCUCCAUCACCACCACCAGCGAGCAGCUGACACCAAUCCCGCACACUACUGCUGCCUCAGCGGCUGCUCACGACAGGACCUGCUGACCCUGUGUCCUCACUGA